CUUCCACGGAUUGAAAUGUUCCGCCAAUCGCUAUGCUUGUCUUAUACGCACCUCGGGCAAACCGACCAAUUUAAUGUUUACAAGGACGUCCGCAAUUUACCUGUUCGCUUCAAUCCCCCUCGCGUGAUAUAUAAGGCCGCGAUUCGCUUAGCGCCACUCAUAGUUUCAGUUUGCCAGCAAUCUGUAAACAUGCCACCCAAAGUCGGAUCUAAAGGAGCUAAGAAAGCCGCCACCAAGGCCAAGGCCCAGAGAACUGGGGACAAGAAAAAGCGCAGGAGGAGGAGGGAAUCCUACGCUAUCUACAUCUACAAAGUCCUGAAGCAGGUGCACCCUGACACUGGAGUUUCCAGCAAGGCCAUGAGCAUCAUGAAUUCUUUCGUCAAUGACAUCUUCGAGAGAAUCGCCGCCGAGGCUUCCCGCCUGGCCCACUACAACAAACGCUCAACCAUCACCAGCAGAGAAAUCCAGACUGCAGUCCGUCUUCUCCUGCCCGGUGAAUUGGCCAAGCACGCUGUCUCUGAAGGCACCAAGGCUGUCACCAAGUACACCAGCAGCAAGUAAACUGCAAGCAGUGGCAGUUUGAUAAAACAAAACGGCCCUUUUCAGGGCCACACAAAUUUUUCGAAAAGCUACCAUCUUUAUAAUGCAAUAGUAAACAACUGUUUCAGUUGUGUGUACUGGUUGUGUCAUUGUAAUGCUGUCAAUUUCUUAAACAGUCCUUUAAGGAAAAUAAACAAAUACAUGAAGAAAAAAAAAACCCUCAAAUACACAUACAUCAAAUACAAAUUAUGCAUCAGAGGGGUACGUGCAUGUACAAUAAAAACAAAAUCUUUCCCAAUUACAGCACAUGUGCCCGAUUUCCACAGAUUUCUCCUAUUUUCGAUGUAAUAGUCUUAGAGUACAGAAGAUUCCCAUCGGUUGUGUUUAUUUAUAGUUGUGUUUAUAUAUAGUUGUGUUUAUCUAUAAUGGCACAUAACUGAUAGUUGUAGCUGAACAAUUUAACAUAUGAUCUGUCUGUUGAAUACUAUUAUCUAAUGUUAUAAUAAAUCUGUAACAACAUAUUCUGGGCACACUACUAUGCUGUAUAUUCUAAUUUAUUUCCCCACCUAUUAAUUGUUACAACGAUAAUUCACUUCCGCAGAUUUUAAGACUUGAAUAUGGUCCACAAUAGCCCAUAUAUUAUUUCAUUGUAAUUUAUUGAUAUUCAAAUAUCAGAAAACAAUCGAUAAAUGAUGUGUUUAUGUUUACAUAUUAUGUGUCUAUUUAAACAUGUUAUAAUAUAGAUUUUUGGAAUAAAAAAAUAACCAAACAUUUAUAUCUAACAGCUGGUGAAAUAUAUUGCUUUGUUUAAACUGCACGGAAUGAUUUGGUCCUUAUUCUAAAUAUCAAGAUUGUUAAAAAAGAAAUAAUAAAAAUACAAAUGUGGUUGGGUUGAAUGAAAUAAGGUGCAAUUGAUAUUUUUUCUGAGUUAUAGUCCUAGUCAAAUUUGAAUAUAGAAAGCAUGUCAGGGAAAGGUGUGAU